CGCCACUCGCCUCCCGUCAGUCGCCCGCCGACUCCGCUUGAGCUUGUGUGACUCGCGCCGCUCCGUGCACCGCACACUCGUGCCCCGAUCACGACGCGUGCCGCCCCGCUGUGGCCGCGAACGCGACCUCUACGCUACCGGCGAAACGUUUCUCCUAACUUACGUGCAACUUGCUAUGUUAUAACUUUCGGACUGUUACAACCCCUUACCCGGCUUGUUUACCCCUCAUCAUAGUUGAGCCCCGCACCGCACCGGCUUGCUCGCUGACCGCCGAGCCGCUAAUCUCGCUUUUUCCGCGACCCACCGUCGCCGCCCAGACCCGCACCGACCGCCGCCAUGCUCGCGCACCAAGCACCGCUCGCCCUCUACUAAACUCAACCGUCUACAUCGACAAGAACGCGUGUGAUAAUAAUAAUUUAAUACUUGCCUAAAUAAGCUUGCAACGUCGGUGUCUUUAAUUCUAACUUAAUUGUAAGCUAAAAUUAAUCAUAUUGUAAGAAAUCGUCGUAUCGCGCGAAAAGGAGCGGUGCCGCGUUUACUUGCGCGUGUGUAGUAGUGUGUGGUAGUGAAGGGUGCGCGUACGCUGCCAGUGGCCGCAGCAUCACGUGACCUGCCUGUGAGGAGUGCAUGCCCAGAGCGCGCGGGCGCUCGCCCCACGCGGCCUAUGCGCCGCACUCGCUCUGCGUAACUGCGCGCGAACCUACCCCCCUCGACUACAGUGCCAACGAUGGCCACAAUGGUGAACAUGAAUAGCCUACUGAACGGCAAGGACUCUCGCUGGCUGCAGCUCGAAGUGUGCCGCGAAUUCCAACGGAAUAAGUGCUCGCGACCAGACACCGAAUGCAAGUUCGCUCAUCCCCCGGCCAACGUCGAGGUGCAAAAUGGAAGAGUCACCGCCUGCUACGACAGCAUCAAGGGUCGGUGUAACCGCGAGAAGCCGCCUUGCAAGUACUUCCAUCCUCCCCAACACCUGAAGGAUCAACUGCUGAUCAACGGAAGAAAUCACCUAGCAUUGAAGAACGCUUUAAUGCAGCAGAUGGGCCUCACGCCAGGCCAGGUGCUCCCUGGCCAGGUCCCCGCCGUGGUGGGCGGCGUGAGCGGAACGGGUGCGGCCGCGAGCCACCUCACCGCGUUGGACCCGAUCAGUCUCGCCCUGCUCACUCCGCAGGCGACGUCCCCGUAUCUCUCGGGCGUGCCCGGCGUGGGCUCCACGUACCAGUACUACGCGCCGCAGCUGGUGCCGGCGGUGCUGGGCCACGACCCGGCCGCCGCCGCCGCCUCGCCUCUCGGCGUGAUGCAGCAGCCUGUGCUGCAGCAGAAGCUCCCGCGAACCGACCGCCUCGAGACGGCCGCCGCAGUCCAGCAGCCGGCAGCGAGCGCGACUUCGGAGCCGGGCAAGAAACGGCCGGCGCCCGCCGAGCUCGAGCCGCCACCGAUGGACAUGAAGAGCGUCGGAUCCUUCUAUUACGAUAACUUCGCCUUCCCCGGCGUGGUGCCGUACAAGCGACCCGCGGCCGACAAAGCCGGAGUGCCCGUGUACCAGCCGGCGACGACCUAUCAGCAGCUGAUGCAGCUCCAGCAGCCGUUCGUGCCCGUGUCAUUUACUGGACACCCUCCCGGUGUGCCAAGAUUUUAAUCGACAAGGAUGUACAAGACCUACCUGCAGAUUUGUUCAUAUUCGUGAAGGGUGCGGGCUACAGGUGGUGGGGUGCCGCGUGGUGGUUUGCCGCGACGCCGCCGCGGGCACUUGCCGCCGCGCCGCCUGCCGAUACUACCACAUCCCGGUCCAGUUGCCGCCAGCUCUGCGCCCCCCCUAACCUGUCCCCGCCCCCCACGCCCUCACCCCCUCACCCCACCACUCACACACCUGACUCGCCUAAGAAUAAGUAGUAAGCAUAGAAGUGGAACUCGCGACUCACUCAUGUCACGGUCGCUGGUACUUAGCCCGCUUCACUCGAGGUUUGGGCUCACAACGCCUCUCGUCUCUCUUUGUCUCAUUGGUUGCUUAUUAAAGUUAUUACUUAUUUUACUAGCUUGUUCAAGUAAUGCGAUUAAACACUCAUAUACCUUCAUCAAGCACGUACAUUUAAACGUUUAAAAUACACCACGUCAUUUAAAUACUACAAUACUGAUUAGAAACCCACUGAAAAUGCAAAGCUUCAAUCAGGUUGGUAUCUUACCAACCAGGAACACGCGUGGUCGACAGCGGGCUUUUACGAGCUGAUGGGGGAAGAAGUCGUUUGUAUGUCGACAUUUGAGACACACGCAAGAGUUUCUCUUCUAUUCUUAUUGGUUAUCCUUGAUCUCACAUACUCACUAGUCCUCCCCCACCCCACCCCUCGACAGGUCCUUCGACGCCCGCGCCCUUAUCCAUAUCGAUCGCGCCACACUCGGGAAAGGCAGGUUCGGCAGAUCACGCCGCUCCCCGGCGGAGGUGGUGAUAUCUUAGUAAAUAUCGGUUAGUGUUAGCGGCGGGGGCUCCCCGCUCCCGCCCGGAGUUCGUUAGUCUUCGGGAAGAGUGUGUACAUAAGUAGCGGGAUAUGAUUCUCAUAUGGCACGGUCAUGCGAAUGUGAUAUGAAUAGAUUUCGAGACGCCGGAGCCGUUUGACUAAUUUAUCGAGAUCGUACCGAGAUCGUCGAAUAGUAGUUAGUGAGGUUUCAAAUGUUUUAUUACUAUUGUAUAUUAUUUUUUUUAUGAUACGAUAUGAGUUCCUGUAAAGAUCGGUGCGUCCGCCGCAAGGCGCAGCACGGAAACUUUGUUGUAUAUAAGCGAUAUGAUAUUGCGGGUGGUGCCCCGCUCACGGCCGACGGCUAUGGCCGGUGUCAAAAGUUGCAUCACCCCACUCCUAACGUGAGCAUUUUUGUGAGAAUUAUGUUACUUUUUUAUGUACGUUACGAAAUAUGUUUUUCUAGAUGACAAGUUUUACACUAGUUUAGAUUAAGCGAAUCAGUAAUGAAACACCAAUAGAGUAGCCGCUUCUCUCCUUCGGCACGGAACUUUUGACGCCGGGGCUGGCCGGCGGGCGCCCGCGCGUCCGCGGCGCUAGCGUCGCCCGUUCACACUUAGCAUAGAUCACGACACUCGUAGAGUGAUAGAGGACAGAAAUUCCAAAUACAAUGAACGUUAUCGGACAAUAUUAAAACGAAGAAGGCAUACUUCCAAGCUAUUUACCUAAAUUCUAGGAUAGAACGUCGGCUUUUAUUCCAGAUAGAUUUUGCUAGAUACUCAUUCUUUUACUGAUGUUUCCCGUCUAUCGAAGCACAAAAUAUUACCGACGAUCGAGUCCGAUUACCUCUCGGUUAGUUCAGCAUGAAGAAAUAGCUACCUGUAUUGUUUUCAACACAAACAGUAUUAACGUUUUGAUCAAAUUUAUCUCGUCGUAUGUAUGUAGAGGUGAUAUGCGGAUAGAGAGGAGAGGCGGGAGCGCGCGCGUCGCUGGGGCCGCAUAGCGUGCGAGCGCGAACGCACGGGCAUGCAAGCUCGGCUCGCGAGCGCCAGUCGCCACAAGCGAGCGAGCGCCGAGUCCCGAGCGCGUCGCCACGAGCGUCACGCCGCAGCGGCGCGCGCGCCCCGAGGGCAUGGAAGCCUAAAGCCUAAUAUUAUUCCUAGUCCAUAUCCUUUUUGUUGAUCAGUCAUGCAAUUAAUGUUAGAGUAAAUAUUAAUAAUUUGAUUUAUUCCUCCCAUUUAGUGGAUAUUUUGAUAAUGAUAUAUUAAUAAUGAAAUAUUUAAGAUACAUAAUACAUAUUUGAUUCUAAAUCCUGAUAAAGUGACACUACGUUAGUAAUUUAGUCGGAGGGAUACUUGUGCCGUGAUUAUAUUUUUAGGUAUAUAUUAUGAAAUAAUUCCUAGCGUCGGAAUUAAAGAAGUGAUUAAUGUGUAAGCGUGUUAUAUUUAUUGUCGUAACGUAAGUGGAAUGCCAUAUCGAUAAAAGGUGAAUAUCGGAAGCGGAGUCAAACUCGGUAGGAGCUCGUUGCGUUUGUUUAUGUUGGUUGUUAUAUCGGUCCGUGCUAGUGGCUAAGUGAACUUCACUUUUAUCAAUACGGCACUAUGACUCUUAUAAUAUAAGUUGUCAUUUAUUUUUUGUUGAAAUUUAUCGUUUCAUGAAAUUAUUUGUUGCCUAUAAUUUUUAUAAUCAAAAUUUUAUGAUCUGACGCAUUUAUUGUAAGACAAUCGAUUACUUUUAUAAUUAAUUAGUGUGAUAAUAAUAAUUAUGGUAUCAAAUUGCCGAUAUAAAAGAUUGAACAUCGAAAGUAUCCUUCCUGUUUAGAAGGGACUCUUCUGGCCCGCGGUUUCUAGUGGAUUUUAUAUUUUUCUUUUUGUUGUAUUUUUAAUGUUGCGUGUGUCUUACACAUAAUAUAUUUCAUUUUUGUGAUAUUUUUAACUAUAAAGUACUGUUAUUAUAAAUCCAAAUGGAAUAAUGAUGACCUAAUUAAAUAUUCAAGAAUUUAUUUGUAAAUCACAAAAAAAAUGUAAAACUGUAAAUAUAUUGACAAAAAAAUGAACUGCAACAAUAAUUGAUUAUUAUAUCUCUCAUCAAAUACACUGUAAGUUGUUUGUGUACCUAAUGGUACAUUAUGUAGUAAGUACCGACAGGCUACUGUAAAGGUAAACCGGUCCAGUGAACAAAGUAUUGAUAAUAUUGUGAACAUUUUUUUAUUCACGAACAAUCACAGAAAGUACAUGACAUUGUAAUAUUAUUUAUGAAAUUACUAUGUGAUGUGAUCUUCGGAUCAAUUUUGAGUACAGUAUAGAUAAUAAACAACUGAAUAUGUGA